AUGGCAUCCCCUAACGCCUUUCUGCCCUCACCAUCACGAAGUGCCCGGCAGACGUCGCAUUUCUUCCGCUCUUCAUCUCCUGACCUGCCUGCUAUUGGAGAUAUACUAUCACCUGGCGUAAGAAUCCGGUCACCUAGAUUUGGCGACAAAACACUGGUGAUCUCUUCCGACGAAGAGUCUGCAGUCAAAGACCGCGAUAAAAAGAAACGCUCCAAAAGUGUGACUGCGGGGCCAACUCCGUCAGUCUCGAAUAGAUCUGGUACCGCCGAUGAUGGUGACAGUUCUUUAUGCAUCAUUGAUCCUCCCGCUACGCAUACUCCGGUGGCUCAGAGAAACCAUGCGACGCCACCAAGAUUCAGAGCACAAUCUAGCUCUCCCACAAAAGAUCAGCCUUGGAGAAAGUUCAAGUCAAUAACAGACAAUUUUCAAGGCGACAGUCCCGAAGGCCAGGAGACUAAAUCUGAAGUCAUUAGGACUAUAUCAUCCCCACGGCCAGCAAGCAAUCUACCUCCAGUAGUGGAGCCAAACUCCAAGCGAGCGGGAAAUGAUAUCAAUGAGCCGCUACGAUUGGAACCGGCCAUGAUUCGAAGACUGGACUGGACACCCCCAUCUAAUAAGACUUUGGCCAUUCAUGAGCAACAGUCUUCUUCUGCUAUGAAGGAUACGCGUUCGCCAGAGUUUCAAGAAGAAGACCAAAAUUUUGAGCAGAUCCUCGAUGCCUACAAAUGCACAGAUAGCUUACAGCAAAAUGUUUCAACGCCAUCAGGAGAAGGGGCCAAUGUUUUGGGAAAGCGAAAGCUUCUCGAGAUGGUUGUCACAGCUGCAGCACCCGCAGCUGUAUCCGCUGAAGUUCAAGAAAAAUCUCCUGUGAAACAAAAGGUGCCAAGGAAAAGACCACGCACCAUAACAGAGAUUGCAACCUCGGCGUACAGAGUGCCAGACGCGCUUGAGCCAGUGCCAGGAGCGAUGAACGAUUUUUUUGUCACGAUCACGCACAAUGACACAGAUGAUCCAGCCGCUAAAGACGAAUCCAAGAAAAAGCCUAAAAGGAAGACGGCAAAAGCUGCGGCCAAGAAAAAGAAGAAACUAUCACCACCGUCACCAAUUCUACUACCCCCAGCAGAGGCGCUUCAAGAAGUUGCGAGACAAGAUUUUGUCUUUGGAACCUCGAGCCAAUUAGCGAUUGAAAACUCACCCACCUUUUUACGAGACCUUCAAGCUGCGAUGAGGCGCUCGAAUCGGGCUGACUACGUGGAUCUUGACAGCCCUCUAAAUAGUGACGGUAUCGAGCUUCCAGAGCGAAAGAGGUUAUGGGCUGCUGGUGCUCGUGACAUUGAUGGAGAUUUGUUUGAUCUUGAAAUCAACAAGAUUACGGAAAGAUCAUCUCAACCAGUACCCAUGCCGUAUGAUAACGAAGAUCCAUUUGGUUACAUUGGCGGAGACACAAAAACUACACUGCCUGCGAAGGAUGAUGUUGGAGCCCAAGCUGAACUACCAAGCGGUCCCCUUAUCAACAUCAACGAAGUUCUCCCCAAUGGCGCCAAGCCCAUCGAAAUCAACGACGACUCUAUAUUAGCAGGUGGCGAAAGUCUAAUUGAAUCUCCCGUCAAACAAGUGUCCAACCUGGCUGGUGGAUCCCAAUCUUCAAAGACGCACAGACUCGGGGGCCCAAGCAAUUCAGAUCAAACCCAACAUCACAGUUCAAAACCCUCAUUCGAAUUGUUUACGGAUGCCCAGCUGUCCAAAGAAGUGGCUUCAUACGGGUUCAAAGCCAUCAAAUCGCGCCAAGCAAAAAUAUCUUUGUUAGAGCAUUGUUGGCAGAGCAAAAGCGGUAUACAACAGCCUAACUCUACGAGAACAUUUACUACUUCCGCAGCCACAGGAAAAAGCGCAUUGGACAAUAGCGUCCGGACACCACGUGGAAGGCCGAGGAAGAAUAGCGCCUCUAGUUCACCGGAGAUACAAGAGCCACCGCCGUCUGCACAACCUCCUGUGUCUCCGUCAAAGCCUCGUGGGAGACCGAAGAAGUCUGUUACUGCUGCAAAACGUACCACAACAGGUCCUUCGAAAGGGAAAAGGGCUUCACCAAAAGCGUCAACAGAAACUCCCACGGCACAAAAGCGCAAACCAAAGGCGACCAAAGUCAUUGUAGAGAUUCCGGAUUCAGCAUCUGAUAGCGAGCACAGCCUACCCUCAGACCCGGCCUCCUCUCCCGGGCUCCCCUUUUCACAGCCUCGUGUGGACCUCUCCACAUCCGUCAUGGACGACACAGAUCUCAACUUGUCUGGAGAUCAGUCGCUGGGUUACGAGUACAUAACUAAAGCCGUGCAGUCGGCACCACGGACAACAGACCCGAAAGAUCCUUCUUGGCAUGAGAAAAUAUUGCUCUAUGACCCGAUUGUACUCGAAGACUUCACGACGUGGCUGAAUUGCGGGCAACUAACACGUGUGGGAUUCGACGGCGAAGUGAGCACGAUGGAAGUCAAGCAGUGGUGCGAGUCCAAGAGUAUAUGCUGUCUGUGGAAAGUCAAUCUGCGUGGUAAGGAGAGGAAACGGUAUUAAUGAAGAGCAUGAGCAUGAGCAUGAGCAUGAGCAUGAGCAUGAGC